UUUUAUUAAAAAAUAUAAUGGAAUACUUCAUUAACACAGAAUGGGAUAGCAAACCUAUUUCCCACCUACCUACUAAAAUAAGUUUUACUAAUUUGAACAAUAAAUUUCUUUUGGUGGCUAUAUCUGCUCAUUUUUUUAACAAUCCAUUGGCACCAAAUGGUCGCCCAGGAAGUCCAUUCCCUAAGUUGUAUGAUUAUGAAGUUGUUGAGAUUUUCUUCUUGGCUGAAAACAAAAAAUAUUUGGAAGUUGAAGUUUCACCACAUGGACAACAUUUAGUUUUGCUGUUGAAUGGUAGCAGAAAGAUUAUAAAGGAGGAAUUACCUUUAAAUUACACAUCUUCAAUCGAUUAUGAAUCAAUGUCCUGGAAAGGACAAGUAGAAAUACCUCUGGCUUAUAUACCACAUGAUGUUUCUCUAAUUAAUGCUUAUGCUAUUCAUGGAUCUGGUGAAAAAAGAGUUUAUGAAGCAUUAUACCCAGUACCUCAAGGGAUAUACGAUUAUCCUGAUUUCCAUCGUUUGGAAUAUUUUAAAAAGUUUUCAUUGGUUGAUAUUGUCCAUGACACAUCCGAGUUGGGAAAGUAUUGGGAAAACUUAUAGCUAAACAGAUUAUAUAAUAUAUAAUAUAUAUUUUUAUAUUUUUUAAACUGCAUAUAAUUAUUUAUUUUUAAAUAUUCCUAUAUUAAUCUUUAUUUUUGUCAAAAUAUGCUUUGUUCUGAUGUCAUCACUGUUUUAAUUUUUACAUGCACAAUUUUCGUCUUUAUUAUUAUUCAGAGAUAAAACAAGGAACUUGGCAUAUAAACUCAUAUUUUGGCUAUAUAUUUUAACUUAUUGUGUUAGAAUUUUUAUUUGGUUUUAUUUGCUAUUUUAAAAUUUUUACUAUUAAAUGAUUUGAAUAUAUACUUUUACAUAUUUCACUUAUAAUGAUAAAUUUAUCUUCUUUUGAUAUAAGUAUAAAUAAUGAAACUAAAAUAUUUUACGAUCUGCGCAAAGCCACUUUUUAACCUUCACGCUCAGUGAACCUAUUUUUAAAGUUUCUUACUUUUAAAACAAUAUUGAAUUGUGAAAUUUGCGCAUAUUUAAUAUAAAAGUAAUAUAUAAUUACGAUGAAACAUUUAAGUAAAUUGUUAAAUUUAAUUUUUUUUAGAUUAAAAAUAUUUUCAAA